AUGUCAGGCAUCGACCUCACUCAAAUUUUGCGAGGACUGGCUAGCAGUGCUCUCUCAGCGAUGACCGAGCCUGCUCUCCUCUGGUCCGCCCCCAUCACUCUGCUCAUCUUGCUGGUACCGACAGCAAGGAAUCUUGCUGUCGAAGCAGUCUGUCAGGUCUAUGUGACAUUCGUGCACCGUCCAUUUCAAUUGGCUCCCAUCGACUAUCUUUUCUCUGGCGAGGAAAGGCCGCUUCCUGCCUCUAAUUCGCUUUGGUCUAGCCUUCUGGCCGCAACUACGCUUAGAUGGCGCGUCCUCAGGAAAGGGGGUUUGAGGCAUGAAAAGGAGAUCAAUUGGGAUGAUCCUGACGCUGUCAAGGAUGGCGACAUGAUUCAAGCGUGGGAUCAAAUCGCCGAGUGGGACCAACAAUGCCUUCAUCCGAGCAAGCUCGAACGGUUACGUCGCGUUGGCGAUCCGAUCGCCGACAAUGCACUGGAUCGAGUUGACUCGCCGUCAUCCACGCGGUCGACCGAUAUACUGCGUAACAUCUAUGACCAGGCAUGCACCGACGCCUCGUCACGUGCAGAGCCUGAUGCAUGCAAAACCUUCUGGAAGGCAGUUGAUCGGAGGCCACCGCCAGGUGCAGGUGCUCUUGGUUUGGACUGGUAUCGUGCACGCUACGGAGCACAAGCAGCAAGCAGUCUCGAGCUAUGGCCACAGCACCCAUCCACAAAGCAAACAGAACCGAGUUCCACCGUACCGAUCUGGUUGCCAUCUAACGACGAUUCGAUCGAUGCUCAAAAUAGCUCGGAAGAGCUUGAGGCCGAAGCUCAAGUGAUUCGAAGAGGCCAGGACGUUUUCUAUCGUUAUGCAGGACCCAUGCUCACUGUCCUACUUCACUUCAGUCUCGCUGGUGGCUUUGCCUCGCCAAGGAUCACAGAGGUGCUCAAGCAGACUGCCUAUCUUGUUCCCACGGCUGCGGCCUCUCGUGCCAAGGGUACAAAGCCAUCUACCGCAUCCCUGCUCCCUACCGUCAAGGAUCUCCAGCAGAUGUUUCACGUCGACAAAGCACGAGCAGAUCGAACGUGGAGUCGCCUGCUCGAGACGACCCAGUUUGUGCUAGAUGUCGUGGAGAACGCGGACAGUCUUCGUCCUCCCUCUGCGAACAUGCCUGCACCAACAUCUUCCGCAACAUCAGCAAACGUGGACGAGGCUGCACUCUCGCCGCCGGAACGAGGUGGGGAGGGCUGGCAAUCCGCAGUGCGCGUUCGCCUCCUGCACACCAACGUCCGACGCCGCGUGCUCAAACUCGCUGAAAAGCGACGCAACGACGACUCGAAUACCAGCGAAAAUGUGUACGACGUCGAGAAGAACGGCGUCCCGAUCAAUCAAGAGGACAUGCUUGGUACGCUGUGUGCGUUCUCAACAGCUCCUCUGGCCAUGCUGCAAAGAAUCGGUGCAACGCCCACUGCCCAAGAGCGCAAAGACUUCAUCGGGCUCUGGAGACACGUCGGGUUCUACAUGGGCCUCGAGCCUGCCCUCUUGCGGCGUGCUUUCGGUGAUCCGUAUGCUGCUGAUCGCACUCUAUGGUGUACUAUCUUGCAUCUCUUCAACAAGGUCGAGAUCCUAGGCGACCAGCAAGGUGACGUGAAAGGUGCUGUGGGCCCAAGGAUGCAAGGACCGACGAUUCCAGUGCUGAUUGCAUGUGCGAAUCGGCCACCUUUCCACACACCAUUGUCUGCACAUGUGGUCAUCUCUCGACGCCUGCUUGGCAAGUCGUUGGCUGACGCACUGGCUUUGCCAGCACCUUCGGCUAAGCGAGAGGUGCUGACAGACAUUGCUUUCCUCGGCAUGUGUAUUCCUAUUCGGUUUGGCUCGAUCUAUCCACGUUUGCGUUGGGAGAGGCGCAAGCUCGAGCUGUCGCGGCCUCUGCUUCGACGACUGAUCGUGUUCAGCCUUGGUAACAAGCGAACCAAGUUCGAAAUGCCUUUGCACGCUUCCAAAUCCAGCGCAGAAACAAUAUCACUCCAGGGUGAAAAGGUCAAUGUCGAGACGCAAUCGAGCUCUCACUUGGAUGUUCCCGAGGACAAGGAGCACAACAUGUACCUCGUUCGUCAGUGGAAAUGGCUGAUGCGCGAGAUGGUAGCCGUUGUUGCUCUAUCCGCCUCGAGCGUGGCUGCUAUCGUGGUGUCCGCUUACGUCUACGUUCCACUGCAUUGA